AUGGACGCCCAGCCCAUCACCAACAACACCGCCGGCGCGCCCGAAAGCACGCAGAAUAAAAUUCUCGAGACGGGCGCUGGGAUGACGCAGAAUUUCGCACCUACACAGCGCAUCUGCGCCCACCUCAAUGCGUUCCACGCGUACGCGCACGAUCCCAAGCGUGCGCCCGUCGAGGCAAAUCACUAUUGUGCGCAUUUGAAUGAGGAUGUGCGACAGUGUAUCCUGUAUGAUUCGGCGGAGCCGGGGGCGCGGAUUAUUGGAAUCGGUGAGGGUUUUUUUCUUGUUUGCUUUUCAAACCCUUACGUCUUGCUCUGUAAAGGGUUUGCAUCGUCGCCCUAUAACCAUGAAUACAUGAUCACCCCAGCCCUCUUCUCCACGCUUCCCCCCUCGGAGCAGAAACUCUGGCACACACACGUCUUUGAAGUGAAAUCCGGGAUGCUCACGAUGCCGCGGCCCGCGCACAUUCCCGCCUCCGUAUGGUCCGUGGCAGAGAACAAGGAGAUGGAGCAAGUGAUCCAUUUAUAUGGCAAGAUCUACCAUUUGUGGCAGACGGAUCGUGGGGAUGCGUUGCCGUUGGGUGAGCCGCAGUUGAUGACAAGUUAUACGGCCGAGGACCAGAUGCCGGGGUUUAAGGAGAGGUUGGGGGAGAGGGAUGCGAGGUUUGGGGGAGAUUGGAGGGAGAGGAAGGCGGCGAGGGAGUAUAUUGCGGUGCCGGAGUUAGGGGGCGAGGCGGAUGCGACGUGGAAGGAGGGCGGGGCGGGCGGGGGAAAGUGA